UGGCGGCCGAGUACGCGACGACGUACGACAUCCGGCCGGCGGCGCGCAAGACGCGCGUGCUGAUCAUGGUGUCCAAGAUCGGGCACUGUCUCAACGACCUGCUGUACCGGGCGCGCUCGGGCCAGCUGCGCGUCGAGGUCCCCGUCAUCGUGUCGAACCACCCGGACUUUGCCGACCUGGCGGCGUCGUACGGCAUCGCGUUCGCGCACCUGCCCGUCACGGCCGACACCAAGGCCGAGCAGGAGGCGCGUGUGCUGGAGCUGGUGCGCGAGCAUGACGUCGAGCUCGUCGUGCUGGCCCGCUACAUGCAGGUGCUCAGCCCGACGCUGUGCCAGGCCAUGAGCGGCCGCAUCAUCAACAUCCACCACAGCUUCCUGCCCAGCUUCAAGGGUGCCCGCCCCUACCACCAGGCCUACGACAGGGGAGUCAAGAUCAUCGGUGCCACCGCCCACUUCGUCACCGCCGACCUCGACGAAGGCCCCAUCAUCGAGCAGAGGGUCUCCCGCGUCGACCACAGCUUGAGCCCCAAGGAGCUGACCGACGAGGGCUCUAACGUCGAGUGCCAAGUCUUGGCCGCUGCCGUGAGGUGGUAUGCCGAGCGGAGGGUGUUCCUGAACAAUGCGAAGACGGUCGUGUUCAACUGAUCAUGGGCGCAGGGCUCAGGGCUCAGAUAGAGAAGGAAGGGCAGGACAUGGCAGGGCAUGGCAGGCCAGGUGAAAAUAUAUAUAUACGUGUAAUAGUCACUAGUUUACUAUUGUGCUCUGAGGCACUGUAAAUGCUCAAAACCUCCUAAUCCCGUCAUGGGAUGCAAAUACAGGAAUCGAAAAAAGGAGAAAAUUGAGAAGAAGAAGAAAAAGGAGAAUGGGUAAACUUGGGAAAUUCAGCUCUAAAUUCCAUUGCACAUACACUCCCCCUCUCUCGUUUCGUCUCUACUCUUCUCUUUCAACCCCUAGUGG